GUCAUUAGACAUUCUUUCAUAGCUUAAUGUCGGAAUUCUAGUUCUUGUAAUGUCACCGCUGUGUCAAUAAAGUUGUCAGACAGAAGUAGUUGCUGCCGGAGCUCAGUGUCGCUCGCUCAGACAGAACUAGUCGCUGAGCGGAAGCAUCGUCAGUCUGAUGUGGACUUCCUGGUCGGAGGAUCUUUAAACCAGAACCAGCUCACCCUGUUAGUCGCAUUUAACCCGGUCGUCGGCGCAUCGGUCCCGUUCUAACGUGGUUCGAACCGCGUCGUUCCGAACAGAACACAGUCAGCGAACGUCAGAACCGACUAUGUCCGCCUCGGCAGGAUGCUCCCCGUCGGGCCCAAACCCGGGCCUUGGCCCCGGUAUGUCCAUGUUCCGUUGGCUGGAGGUUCUGGAGAAGGAGUUCGACAAGGCCUUCGUGGACGUGGACCUGCUGCUGGGUGAGAUCGACCCGGACCAGGUGGACAUCACGUACGAAGGCCGCCAGAAGAUGACGAGCCUGAGCUCCUGCUUUUCGUUCUUGCUCCACCUUCAGGCCCAGCUGGUGGACCUUCGCUCGGAGCUGACGGAGGCCAAAGCCGAGCGUUCUGUGGUAGAACGUGAGGUUCACGACCUGCUGCUGCAGCUUCACGCUCUGCAGCUGCAGCUUCACGCCAAGCAGGGCCAGGAGGGCGAGUCAGACACCAUCAAAGACCGACUGGUAGGAACCGGAGAGUCUGACCUGGAGCAGGAGCUGGAGGCCAGUAAGAAGGAGAAGCUGGCCGAGGCCCGGCUGGAGGCCGAGGUCCGGCUGUUCAAGAAGGAGAACGAGGCCCUCCGCAGGCACAUGGCGGUACUGCAGGCGGAGGUGUACGGAGCCAGACUGGCUGCCAAAUACCUGGACAAGGAGCUGGCCGGCAGGGUGCAGCAGAUCCAGUUGCUGGGUCGGGACAUGAAAGGACCGGCUCACGACAAGCUGUGGAACCAGCUGGAGGCAGAGAUCCACCUCCAUCGCCACAAGACGGUGAUCAGAGCUUGCAGAGGUCGCAGCGACCCGAAGAAACCGCUGCCUUCUCCUGUGGGACACGACCCGGACAUGCUGAAGAAAACCCAGGGAGUCGGGCCCAUCAGGAAGGUGGUUCUGGUCAAAGAGGACCACGAGGGGCUGGGGAUCUCCAUCACAGGCGGGAAGGAACACGGCGUUCCCAUCCUGAUCUCAGAGAUCCAUCCCAGCCAGCCAGCAGACCGCUGUGGAGGUCUGCACGUGGGAGACGCCAUCCUCGCCGUCAACAGCAUCAACCUGCGAGACGCCAAACACAAGGAGGCGGUGACCAUCCUGUCGCAGCAGCGAGGACAGAUCGAGUUCGAGGUCGUGUACGUGGCUCCGGAGGUGGACAGCGACGACGAGAACGUGGAGUACGAAGACGACAGUGGCCACCGCUACCGGCUGUACCUGGACGAGCUGGAGGACAGCAGCACGGCGCCACCUAGCAACAGCUCGGCAUCGCUGCAGACUCUGGAGAAGAUGACCCUCAGCAACGGGCCCGAGAACGGAGACGCCGGACUCUGCAGUGAGAUGCCUUCAGAGGAAACUCCGUCCAAACCGCCGGAGACCGACUGUUCCUCCUAGAACCUCUACAGGACUGGAACUGAGA